CAAGGCUCGUGGUGGAAGUCCGGAAGUUGACUUACCAGAACAUUUGGCCACUAUGGAAUUAUUAUUCAGAGCGGUUCUGCGCCUAAUUAUAACUCCUCUUGGAUGCUCCGUCAAUCGCUGCGUCGCCGCUACUUUAAAGCGAAAGCUGACCCGUGCGACGCGGAGCAUACGCAGUAAAGCGCAGACCAGGGCUAAAAGUUGCAAUGGCUUUAACAGGGUUACUUGGUCAUAUUUACACGGCGGGUUUACCUGCCCGUCAUCUUGUAAAAGAAACAGUCCGGUGACACUAGGAAGUUGAUGGCACUAACCGACGGGAAGGCAGUGAAGAUGUUCGUCAAACUCCGAUGUUGCGACGCCGCGGCGGGGCCGAGCUUUAUAAGAGAAAGCAAAU